AUCCACUCAGCAUUCACUUCCGUGUUGGGUACCCGGUAAAGCACGCGAUCCUUUAAUGUAACCAGGUUGGCUACUUCCGACAUUUCAGGAUCUGCUUGGAUGAUGAAGGUCAACCCCUAAUCUCUAUUAAUAAAAACCAGAGGUCUGGCCAGGAGAAUAAGUAAUCAUCAAAGGACGAAUUGUUAGCAGCGAUCCAGUAUGGCAGAAGCUCAUCAGGCUGUGGCCUUUCAGUUCACCGUCAGCCCUGAUGGCAUUGACCUUCAGCUCAGUCAUGAGGCUCUUCGGCAGGUCUACCUCUCUGGACUUCACUCCUGGAAGAAGAAAUUCAUUCGCUUUAAGAAUGGGAUUUUGAAUGGGGUGUACCCAGGGAGCGCACCGGGGUUCACGCUGGUGUUGGCAGGGUACUUGGGAAGAGCGCAUUACUUAAAAGUGGACCCUUCCUUAGGCCUGUUCGUCAAACUUGGCAAACAUGUCCCAGUCGGUAGGUACAUGUCUGCACAAAAGCAGAUGUUAGUUGGGGGUGUCAUGGUGGGCAUGGGUCUGUGGAUUGCCAUCAUAUUUAGCAUGAGGACUGCCCUGAAGGGUCUUCUGUCCUGGCAUGGCUGGAUGUAUGGUCCCCGUGGCAAAAUUACCUGGAAACUUCGACUAUGGCUUGUGCUAGUGAAGAUUUUUUCGGGGAUGCAAACACCAAUGCUAUACAGCUUCCAGACCUCUCUCCCUCAGUUACCUGUACCAUCUGUGAAGGACACCAUGAGAAGAUAUCUUGAAUCAGUCCGGCCACUGCUGAGCGAUGAGGAACACCAAAGAAUGCAGAGUCUUGCACUUGACUUUGAGAAAAACCUUGGACCAAAACUUCAGUGGUAUCUCAAACUGAAGUCUUGGUGGGCCACCAAUUAUGUCAGUGACUGGUGGGAAGAAUAUAUCUACUUGAGAAGUCGUGGGCCAAUCAUGGUUAACAGCAACUAUUAUGUAAUGGACUUUCUUUAUGCCUUUCCCACACAUCUACAAGCAGCAAGAGCCGGCAACGUCAUUCAUGCAAUCAUGCUUUACAGGAGGAAGCUGGACCGGGCUCAAAUCAAACCGCUAAUGCUUCAAAACACCAUCCCCAUGUGUUCGUCCCAGUAUGAGCGCAUGUUCAACACCAGUCGCAUUCCAGGCAUAGAAUCAGACUCAGUUCAGCAUAUGUCUGAUAGCCAGCAUAUUGUGGUGUAUCAUCGGGGCCGUUACUUUAAAGUAUGGAUGUUUUAUGAUGGCCGGUUACUGUUGCCACGGGAGAUAGAGCAGCAGAUGGAGAGGAUCCUGGCCGACACGUCAGAGCCGCAGCCUGGAGAGGAAACCCUCGCCGCCCUCACCGCAGGAGACAGAGUGCCUUGGGCAUGUGCCCGUAAUGCCUACCUCAGACACGGCAAGAACAAGAAGUCUCUGGACGCUGUGGAGAAGGCUGCUUUCUUUGUCACCCUGGAUGACACAGAGCAGCGCUAUGAUCCUGAAAACCCUGUGGAGUCCCUGGAUCGUUACGCUAAAUCGCUGCUCCAUGGGAAGUGUUAUGACAGGUGGUUUGACAAGUCCAUAAACUUCAUUGUGUUCAAGAAUGGAACUAUGGGCCUUAAUGCAGAACAUAGUUGGGCUGAUGCUCCAGUUGUUGGCCACCUCUGGGAGCAUGCGCUCUCGAUGGACCCUGUUAAGCUGGGCUACACAGAAGAUGGCCACUGUAAAGGAGAACCCCAUCCUAAUCUGCCUGGACCUCAGAGACUCCAAUGGAAUAUCCCAACUGAGUGCCAAACUAUGAUCGCCAACUCUCUGUCUGUGGCCAAGGCUUUGGCUGAUGAUGUGGACUCUCACAUCAUCCCCUUUAGUGACUUUGGAAAGGGCCUGAUCAAGAAGUGCAAGAUCAGUCCAGAUGCCUUCAUUCAGCUCGCACUGCAGCUGGCCCAUUAUAAGGACAAAGGAAAAUUCUGCUUGACUUAUGAGGCAUCCAUGACACGUUUAUUCAGAGAAGGCCGUACAGAAACUGUUCGCUCCUGCACUGUGGAGUCCUGUGCUUUUGUCCGUGCCAUGACCAACAAUGAGACGAGAGAGGAGAAACUUUGUUUGCUGAUCCAGGCCGCUGAGAAACACCAGCAGAUGUACCGACUGGCAAUGACUGGUCAUGGCAUUGACCGCCAUCUCUUUUGCCUCUACGUAGUGUCUAAGUACCUUGGACAGGACUCCCCUUUCCUACAAGAGGUGCUGUCAGAGCCUUGGAAACUCUCCACCAGUCAGACUCCUCUUCAGCAGGUGGAGCUGUUUGACCUGGCGAGACACCCAGAGUAUGUGACCAGUGGGGGAGGCUUUGGACCGGUUGCAGAUGAUGGUUAUGGUGUGGCCUAUGUAAUCAUUGGAGAAAAUCUAAUCAAUUUUCACAUCUCCUCCAAGCAUUCCAGUCCAGAGACCGACUCUCAUCGCUUUGGAAACAAUAUCACACAAGCCAUGCUUGAUAUGCUGGAUCUGUUUCAACUCGACAAGAGACACAAAGUGAUUUGACUGGUGAAAGGAUUAUGCUUAUAAUGACUCACCUUAAAGGAUUAGUUCACUUUUAAAUACAAUUUUCCUGAUAAUUUACUCACCCCUAUGUCAUCCAAGAUGUUCAUGUCUUUCUUUCUUCAGUCGAAAAGAAAUUAA